AUGAUUGAAGGUUUAAGAUGGCCUUCCGAAUUUGAAACUACCGUUAAUAUGUCUAAAGUAGAUGCCAAGGUUUUAUCUAAAUGGAUAAGUCAAAGAAUUACAGAACUUCUUGGUUUUGAAGAUGAUAUUAUCAUUGAUUAUUGUAAAGAGCAGUUGUUCCAGGAAACUGACAAUGUUUGCCCUAAAAAACUUCAAAUUAAUUUGACAGGGUUUUUGUCUAAAAACGCUUCACGAUUUGUACGAGAACUUUGGUCACUGUUGAUAAGUGCGCAGUCCAGCGCAAAUGGCAUCCCUCCAAGAUUAUUAGAACAAAAAAAAGUUGAAAUGGAAGCUAGACAAGAACACGCUAAACAAAUUAAUGAAGUUCUUGCUACCAGUUUAGAAAUCUCUGCCACAGCUAAAGCUGCUAUACCUGAAAACAUAAGAGCUUCUUCCCUUGAAAGAUCUGGCUCUUUUAGUGACAGAAGCAGGUCUCAUUCUUCAAAGUAG